GUCGCCAUCCGCGAUGCGACUCCGGCCGGCGGCGACGCACUCGGCGAAAAGGCGCGCGUUGGUAAUGCCACGAUGCCACGACGCGUAUUGGCGAUCGAGUCCCGGCUCAACGACGAUCUCUCGUCCAGGUGGCGUCGAAUCGCGAGACCCGCGGCCGCGCGGACGGACGACCGAGUCACGGAUGCGCCGCGAGAGGCAGAUGCGUUUAUCGCACUGGCGUUAUCGCGUCGCGCGCACCCGAGAGCGAGAGCGAUACGUCUGCUGCCGCGGCGAAAGUAAAAAGAAGCACCGAGGCUCGUCUCCGCUUUGAUAAAGGCCAAAAGCGCGAGCCUACUCGGAUCCUGUUUUCUUCGGGUCGUUCAAGUCGCGCCGUUGGCGUUUACGUAAAGUGCUGCGGCACGCUCGAAGCCAUUAUCGCCGCGCUCGCCACUGAUGCAAGCUCGAUUCAUUCCGAUUGUCGAGCGAACGCAAUUGGCCUCUGCGACGCGGACCGUCAACCGAUGGUCUAACGAAGGCUUGCGAUCUCUCGCGAAGGAAACGGCGCUGUUAUCUUAUCGCUCGUAUUUGCCGGCUCGAUGAGCGCGGCGGCCGAUUUGCCUUCGAUCGUAGCUUUACAGUUGAACACUCGCUAUCGCGGGCCGCGAGCGAAGGACAACUGCUCGGAAUCGCGAGCUUGCGUCGCCGUCGAUCGACGCGAGGGAAGCCUGUCGCGUACGCGCGGGAAUUCGAUAAGCGCGUGCGACGACGCGCGGCUCGUUUGUUCGUGCAUCCGACAAUCGCUGGAGAAGCAAAAAACAGAAAAGACAAUUGCCAACGAGAGCGACAAUGGCAGCGUCGCUGCGGUGCGGCAUUUGGCACGCUACUUCAGCGGCGUCAUUUCGAUUGCAUGGACAUCAGCUGAUCCGUCAUGGUUAGCGUCUGUUGUAAGACUGCCAUCAGCGAUGCACGCAUUAAUUUCCGAUGUCGCUGUUGCUCCUGCUGGCCUGCGCGAGCGCCGCCUGGUCUCGGGCUGCCGGGAGCUCGUCGCGAAUCGCGCCGAGGCGCCAGCGGGCCAGGUCGCCCGUCCUGCGGCGCUCGGCGCGCGCCGUCAGCGAAUUCCUCGAGCCGCCCCCGUUGCCCCCCGUCGGCAGCCACGCCCAGUCGAUCGCGCCGAGCCACCGCCUGCGAAAACCGAACGGCAGCGGCCGCGGCCAGCAGCCGAACCCGCCGGCGCUGUCGCCACCGCCGAAGCACGCCCGGAACGGCCGCCACGCCAGGCCGCUGGGCGCCGAUCCGGGAUACUUGGGCAACCUGGCCGGCUGGCUGAACACGCUCGGCGGCGGACUCGAUGCCGCGGCCAAGGACGCUCACGCCCAGGACUCGUCCGCCCUCCCGCGGUACGCACCGCGCAUGCCGUACACCGGCGGCCCAGCUCAGGGCAACGCGCCGCUGCCGCGUCCACCGGCGGCCCCGACGCCGGGCCAGUUUCCCAGAGCGUCGUCCGCCUGGACGAGCGGCAAGAUUUGCAAUCCGUGCGACGUGUUUCCCUGGACGCCGGUCGUUCGCAGCGACCUCGCCUCUCAUCACGCUCAAUACGCCGCCGGAUUCGGCUCCAACGACGUUGCCGCUGCCUCGGCAGCGACGCGACCAGUCGACGGGCCCGGCUACUCCUACCCGGCGCCGACGGAUCAGAGAGGCAACGGUCAUCGGAACCCGGAUCUGCAUCUGCCCUCCGGGACGACGCCUCAGCUGUACCAGGCCCGACCGCAGACUCAAGGCUAUUAUUCGGCGUCUAGUCCCGACGAGCUACCUCCGCCAAUGUUUCAUCAAGUUUCUCCCGUAAACUUCGACCAGCAUCUUCGUCACCCUUAUCACCAUCAGCAGCAGCAGCAGCAGCAGCAGCAGCAGCAGCAGCAGCAGCAGCAACAGCAGCAGCAGCAGCCGCCGCCGCCGCCGCCGCCGGCACUUGAACAUUUCGAGCGUCAGCCUUUGCUGGCUGAUUUUCAGUCGGAAGUUCGAUAUAAUCAACAGGACCCGGCAAAGGGCAACCAGCAUUACAGCAUCCAAGUGCAACAAUCACCGAUAAUCGACAUUGAACCGGCAUCCAUUGCCGAGGAAGAGCAUCCAGCGCCAAGCUUGGACUAUCACCAGGGGGUCGCGACAAAUGUCGAGGCGACUUCGCAGCAGCACACGGGCGUGACGAAGGACGCUCCUUUCGAUCUGAACGUCGAAAUAAGCAAUCAGCAAGACGCGGACCAGGCUGAGUCCCGGCCGGUGUUCAUCGCCAGCGAGGCGGCGGCCGACUCGAAAGAGUACUCGCCGACAAGCGGCUCGGGCGUGCACUUUCAGCGCUCGCCCCUGGUGGAGCUGAGCGUGGCGGGCGAGUCGACGCCGACGAGUGGCGGCGGCCGUUUCCCGGCGAAGACGAACACGGGAGCCGGUGCUGAAUCGUCGACCGUCCCGCUGUCGGCGACUCUGAUCGAUUACAUCGUGUCGGGUCCACGCGAAGCGAGCGCCAAGCAAGAAACCAGACCGACCACGACCACGACCACGUCCCCUGCCACGAGCACGGAUAGGAACGUCGAGGUCGCAGUCGACCAAAAGCACCAAGAGUCUCGCGUGGAAACUCUAGUCCAGGCGUACGAGUUUUAUAAGAGCAACAGCAGUCGCACGGAGCCCAACGAGGCGCCGAAGACCGGCAGCAGGGCAUUCGGCGAGGGCGACGAUUUUAGCGCCAGUCGAGAGGCCUUGGCUCCAAGCAAUUCCAGCGACACCGCGAAAAAGAUCAUUCAGAUAAUCAUCCCUUACACUUCUCAAUACACGCCGAGUCCCUUUCACCCGACCAAGUCAGUGGGUCAAGGAAACGACCGUCAGCCAGAACAGACGACGCACCGCGCGACGAAAGUACAGCUAGACGUCGGGGAUGACAAUAGCGUCGAGAACAGCGUCCUGAUUCAAGAGCCGAGGCGUGCUGCGCCAGUGACGCGCUCACCUGAGACUGCCUCGCGCAACAAUCACACGAACAACAGCAUUGACGUGCACAGACUCCAGAAGAACAUCGACAACUGGACGAUACAGGAAUUUUCUAAAAAAGAAUCAGCAAUUAGAAACUCGAUAAAUACUACUUAUCCUCGCUGGAUUUCUUCAAAACAAAUACCCGAUGAAUACUUGCUAGCCACUACUGAGGAAGACAGUAACGAGUAUUAUGAUUUUAGUCACGAAACGCUGCUGCACCGAGGGACCAACCAAAUUCAGGUGACGGCGAGUACGACGAUGAAGACGACGACGACGACGACGACGACGACGACAACGACGACGACGACGAGGACUGAGCCGACGAGCAAGGUGAAGGUAGUGAACGCCAUUUAUCCAAAGAGUACGAAGAAGCCGGAGCAGCUGGAGAAGUCGGCCAGUGCUAGUAGCAUCGGUAGCCGCGAGAAGGAGAAGGAAAGAGUUUACGUGGUCACUCCGAUUCCAAAUCCCAACUCGCUGGACAGCCUGUCGUCGGCGACAAAGGAGGCCCGCGACGGCACCAGAUCAAAGGCCCGAAGAGCGAAAGUGAAGCAGGACUCGGGCGUACUGGAGCAGGCUUAUCAAGUGCUGCCGCAGGCGGUUAACAAUCUGGCGGUGCAGGCCAACGUUCCGGAAUCCGCCGCUCCGGCGCUCUGGGGCAUCAUGGAGCACGAGCAAAUAGCGGCGAGCGCGAAUCAGCCACGAUGGAGGAGCGAGUCCGACGUACUUCCGGAGCCGGCCUCGACGCCGGUCCUCUACGCCGGCCACUCCAAGGUAACGUAUUUUCGCACGAAAGUCCACUGAACGGUCGCGGCGAUUCGCUCUCGCGCCGCGACGGACGCGAGACACAGUUCCCGCUCGUUGCGAUCCGCGCUGUUACGCGCGCUCGGCGCAACAAGUGAAAACUCCGCGAUGGAGCGGAGACGAAGGGAAAAAGAAGGAGAAGGCACUAACGAGCGCGCGCGAGCGGAUGAUUAGGGAAAAUUAUUAAUCCACGGCGUGCAGCGCGACUCAAUUGCACGUCCGUCCUUUUUAAGAUUAACCGAAGGGAAAACUCAUCGCUGUCACGCGAGGCUUCAUUUCACUUUCACGAGCGAACGGGAGAGCAUCGGCCGUGAAUCGAACGUCGAUACGCGUCGCAGGGCCAACGGCAAUCGUUGGCCGAACGUUUUCGGCCGGGGUGCCGCGGGUGGGGGGGCGAGAAGCGGCGUGAAAAGUUUUAGUGGCGUGAAACUCGCGGGCGCGCGGAGGUUACGAGAAAGCGACGACGAGAGGUAAAAAGAGACCGUACACGCCGCCCGAGAUGCGCGCGCGCGCGCGCGCAUGACCGAGUUAUAAGCGGGUUCCAGCGCGCGAGCGAGAAUAUGCAUUUUCAUAAAGUCGUCGACGGGGAAGACACGAGAGCGCCGCGAGCCUCAAAGCUAUAUAACUUCCUCCUCGUCGCUCCUUUCUUUUUUCCUACGACUCUCGAUGCAUCAAUCAAGUUUCAUUCUCCUGUGCACUUGUUAAUGCUGUUUGUGUAUAUACACGUGUGCCUCUUUUACGGAUGUGGAAUUUGCGCUUGUACGUCUUCGCGUUUUUGUUAAUACCGCGCUAGCGACUCGUUACAUAAGUAUCUGCUCGUGAUGAGUGAGUAUUAACGAGGAAUCUCAAAGUAUUCACGUUAUUAGGAAAGACACCGAUAAAGAUGUUUAUUGUUAGGCUAUAAUGGAAAUGACGUUUAACGAGGAUUGCCCAGUAAUCAAUCAAGUCUACCCUACGAAUGAUUGCUCGAGUUUUAUUGUUAAUUAUAAAUAUCAGUAAGAUUAUAUCGAAUCGAAUGUAAACAAGUGGCUACGAGCAUUUAUAUCAUAAGUGUGUAUGGGAUGGAACGCUAUUUUAUUUAUUUGCAAAGAUUGUUAAGUUUUAGUUAUCUCCUACACUUGAUAACGGUUAAGAUUUUAUUCUGUGUUCUCAUUGACAUUUUAUCAAUAUUAAUUGAUGAAGAUCUGGAGCAAUAUUAAGGCCGACGGCGGACAAUAUUGUACAAUA